UGUUAGCAAGCUGUACCCAGUCAAGGAGCCGUGUAGUCUCCUCGUACCCAUUCCAGCGCCGAGCCAAAACAUUGCCGUGUUCUGCCAUGUCGUCAGCUGAUUGGGAGGAAGUCAAACGCUUGGCCGCUGAUUUUCAGCGAGCCCAGUUAGCAUCAACACUUCAAAAAUUGUCAGAACGCAACUGUGUUGAAAUAAUCAACAAGUUAGCUGAAUUAGGACUCCUAGAUGUUCACCACACUAAUGAUGGAAAAGAAUACAUCACUCCAGCACAGCUGUCAAGAGAAAUUCAGGAUGAAGUGUUCCUUCAUGGAGGGAGGGUAAAUUUGGUUGACCUAGUGGACAUACUGUGUGUUGAUCACAGUGUCAUAGAGAAGCGUGCUGCCCUGCUUGCCCAUUCAGACUCCAGUCUCUGUUUUGUCUUGGGUCAACUAAUCAGCAAAGACUAUUUAGAUGCCAUUGCUGAGGAGAUAAAUGAGAAGCUUCAACGAGAAGGCUCAACCACAAUUGCAGAGCUUGUUAAAAGUUAUGAAUUACCAGGAGAUUUCAUGCUUGAAGUUAUUGUGGAGAGACUUGGCACCAUCAUUCAAGGACAGCAGGAUACAAAUGACCCAACUGUUAUAUUCACUGAUGCAUUUGUGGCUAGACACAAAGCUCACAUCAGAGGCGUCCUGAGUGCUGUAACCAGGCCCACCCAAGUCUCAGUUAUUCUUGCACAGCACGGCUUCCAACAGAGAUUGUUCUUUAGUGUGGCAGAGAAGCUAAUCCUCAGUGGCCGGGUGCCUGGUGUUCUCACUGGGGGCCGUCAAGUACACAGGGCCAUGUACAUACCCACCAUAUAUUCACGUACACAGAAUGAGUGGGUUGACAAUUUCCUGAAACAAAAUGGAUAUCUUGAGUUUGAAGCUUUGCGACGACUGGACAUCAAUGACCCUGAGAACCAUAUACGGCGUCGCUUUAAGGAUGAGGACCUUACCUUUGUGGGAAAUGUGUGUGUUGGACCAAGCCUCAUUGAUCAGAUUGAUGCUGCCAUUGAUGAUGCCUUAAUGUCAGGCAGCUGGGUAGAUAUUUAUCCACUUUUACCUACAGUGUUUAGUCCAGAAGUCGGCCACCAGCUUGUAGAUGUUGCAUUAAAACGAAGACAGGACAAGAAGUCUACAGCUAGUGCUAAAGUCUUCGCCGAUACAAUUGUUGUCAGUGAUCAGCUACUGACCAAGCUUUCCAAUCACUUGCAACAGAUGAUGCCUAAGAGAGCUAAGGAAGUUGUGGAAAAGGGAGCCUUUAAAAAACAGGUAGCUGUUGGGAAGAUAAAACAAGAUGAAGACUCUGGCAAAAGCAAGAAAGAAGACCGCCGUAAAAAAGCAGCAUCUGGCAAGUCUGGAGGGGGCACACAAGGACGAGAAACAAAAACAAAGGCCACCAAAAAUAAAGGAAGAGGCAGAAAAGGAGGAGGAAAUCAUGAAUCAGAUAGUGAUGAAGAGUAUCAGAAAGGAUCUGCUUCUGGGGAAUCUUCUGUAGUAGAGUUCCUCUCUGUUGAAGAUAUUCAGACUGAGAUCACAAAUUUUUCUGACUUAAUGGAUUGUCCUGAGGAGUUGGUUGAAGAACUGACCAAGCACCUUCAUCAACCAUUGACGAAGCUUUUCCAGGAGAUUGCCAAAUCCGUGUUCAUGGCAACUGUUGCUGUUGGAGGUGAUGCAAGAAGGAAAACUCAUCAACAGUUGCAAGACAAAGUGUCAGCACUACUUACUACCAUCAAGUUGUCAGAGAAGAGUAUUAAGGUGUUUGAUGAUGAGAAACAGCUGCAGCUGAAGAAACAUCUACUGAAGACACAGUGUACAGAGUUGGUUAAUGAGCUGGUCCUUUAUCUUGCUGAUGACAGCCUCAUAGACAUUGCCCAAAACAAGGACAUUACUCCUGAGACUCGAAUGAAAAUCAUCCACAAGCUGCCAGAGGACACCAGUGCAGCACUGCUUGGGGUCCACAAGACUCUUGUAGGCUCCACGUUAGAAGAGUUUUAUGAUCAAGUGGAUGCUGCCAUUGCUGCAACAGGCAUAAUGUUGAAGAAGAAAGACAACAAAAAAGACAGACAAGUUUUGGCCAGUCAUCGUGCUGCCUUGCUGGAACAGCUGGAGGGUUCUCUUGACCCACCUCUCACCCUACACUUAGCUUGUCUGGUUCUCUUCCAAGCAGUCACUGGGAACAUGCUUCAUGCCUCAGGGAAGUUUGUUCCACAUAUUUUGGCAUACUUGAAAACGCAGAUGUCUUCUGACAAGUUUUCUGCACUCCAUGAUUACCAAGAUUUAGUGAUUAAAUCACUGAUGAACAAAAAUGAGUCAACUGAUGAUUGUGGUGUCAAGCUUAAACUGGAAGCCCUCACCCCAACUGUAAAGGAGGUUGCAAUCACUUUUAAAAAGGCAGUUGCUGGUGAAGAGUGAUGACCAGACCACCUGAUGUUUAGUUUAGUGUCUUGUUAUGGUUCAUAUCUCCCACCUCUUGCUAAUGAACUGGCAUCGAAUCAAAGAUGUCCUAAGCUCACUCACUAGGUUCUUAUAAUACCUAAGACGGAAGUUUGUAACCACAUGCUUAUGCCACUAUGUCCAAAAAGAUAACUUUUAUCAAUGGGAAUUAAGGUAAACUAUAUUUUAAUUUCUUAUGGACAAAAGUGUAACUGAGAAAUAAAUAAAAGAUAAAGCAGUGU